UCGACGCUGUGAAUCGUGAUAACGAGACCACACCGCCUCCAAACACCACCACCACUACCCGUUAAUCGUUAUCGUACUCGAACAAAAACGUCGACGGAGCUACUCUGUUUGUUCUGUUACCGUUCUCUAGUCUGACGGUUCGGAGGCCUUACAUAUUUUGUUUGUUUUUUUUCGUUACCGUUCUACGCGUUCAUUCCGAUGUCUCUGUAAACAUUACGAGGACGGAGAGGUGUGUCGGUUGACAAGACCGUGUCGCGCGUACUACACGGUCGUCUAGUGUUGUCUGCAAGGAGACGAAAAUAUAUCGACGACCGUGGAUUUUGUCCAGUAAGAUAAGUCCAUUACGAGGACGAAAAAUCAGCCAAACCUUGUGCGGUCCCUAGUUGUUGCGUGCCAUGUGCGACUACGUUAUUGACCCCGUACCUACACAAAAACAGCUUCAAACUAGUUAAUUCAUUAGACUAUUCAUAUGCAAGUUGAUAAGGACAAAGUCAUUGAUGAUUAAUGCUUGAUUAGUUUAAUGUUUUCGUUCCAGGUGUGUUAGUGUAUAGGUAACUUAAGCUACAGUGAUUUCAAUUUACCUGUCACGACAAUGGAUCCUGGACGGCCACAGCAGCAGGACAAAAAGCAGCUAUUGCAGCAACAGCAACAUCUGUUGCAAAAACAAUUACAACAGCAACAUCAACACCAGCAAUUAUUAAAACAACAACAACAGCAGCAACAACAGCUUAAUCUCCAACAGCAGCAAUUUAAACAACAGCAACAGUUAAAACCACAGCAGCACUUACAAUCACAACCCAAUUCUCAGCCACAGCAGCAGGUAUUACAAGCACAACCACAAUAUUUGCAGCAGCAGUUAUCGCCAAACCAACAACAAUUGUUGAUUCGGAAUCAGGAUUUUAUGAAACAACGGGGUAUGCAGCAUGGUAAUUUAAACCAGCAGCAACUUCUGGAACAUCAGAAAAAUCAAGAUCAAGCCAUUAUAGAACUGUUAACACUCCACGACAACAAUAAAUACGAAGACGAAAAUCAAGAAGAUCAUCUUAUUUUACAACGACAACAAGUUAUCCAACAACAGCAACAACCUAGUUUACAACGACAACAGCCGCUGCAGCAGUUACAAUCACAACUAAUGCAACAGUCUCAACUAGGUCAACAACCUCAGCAUCAUCAACAGCACUCGCAAUUUUUACAACAACCGCAGCAGCAAUUUCAGAGUGUACAACAACUACAAAAUGUGUCGCAACUACAAAAUUUGCAACAAUUACAGACUGUGCAACAACCUCAGCUGAUAACACAAACACAGGUUGUACCAAAAACUCAAGUUGAACGUCAACCUCAAGUUGUAAGACAGCCCCCGGCAGUACAAAAACCCAAUUCGUUGCAACAAUCGCAGAUUGUACAGCAACAGAAUAAUCAGUAUUCUUCAGUGUCUACACAACAACAGUCAAAAAAACAGCCCCCUCCUCAUACUCAACAACUACUCCAGCAGCAGCUACAACAGUUAUUAUUAAAGAAUAAAAAUUACCCUCAACGUAUCGUUGUUUUGGGCAAUCAACCACAGCAACAGCAGUUGUCAUCACAGCAACCACAGCGCGUGGUUACUAACAAUAGCACUGGCCAGCAACCACAACAGAUGCAAUGUGUUGUUGUAACAAACACUGGUCAACAACCUCCACAGAUGCAACGUGUUGUCGUUACAGGAACCGGUCAACAACAACAGCAACAACAAAUUCAACGUGUCAUGGUGGGAAACAACGGACAACCACAAUCCCAACAAAUUCAACGUGUCGUUGUUCCGACCACUGUAACACAUCAACAAAUGCAACGUGUUGUUGUUACAAGCACCGGCCAGCAAAUACAGCAACAGCAGUUACAACAUGUUGUCAUUCCAGGUACUAGUCAACAACAGUCACAUCAAGUACAAAACGUGGUCACCCAAACAUCUAUCCAACAACAACCACAGCAAUUGCAACGUGUUGUCGUUGCACCUACUGGCCAACAACAGGUUCAACGUGUUGUUACUUCCACCUCAACUCAACAGCAACAGCAAAUUGCGCAGCAACAUCAACCAGUAUCACAACGUAUUGUUAUUGGUCAACUCAAAACAUCGCAGCAGACACAGCAAAUGCAAUCGUCGUCACAAAAUGGAGUAGUACUUAAUCAGCAGGUGAUACAACGGCCGAUAGGAUCAAUACAGCAGCAGCAACGUGUCGUCAUAGCAGGCCAACAACAAAUUUUAAAAUUAACUAACCAGCAACAAUCUCAACAGCAAAUCACACUUCAAAAACAGUUGGCUCAUAAAUUAUUGCAGCCCACACAACAACAGCAGCAACAAGAUGUAGUAAAAAACCAACAGCUACAACUAGAUGUAGUAAAAAACCAACAGCAACAAUUAGAUGUAAUAAACCAAUAUCAACAACAAGACAUAGUAAAAAAACAACUGCAACAAGGGCAGUUAUCUCAAGGUACUGUUGUUUCUAUAACGCAGCACCAAAAAAAUAACCUCAACUUGUCUAAUGAAAGUCUGGCAAAGGAGCUACAUAUUAAACAGUCCCAUCAACAGUUACAGCAAUUGCACAUACAACCAUCACAAAAACAUUCGCAGGAACAAAUAAAUAAGCAACUACAACAACAAAAACUUAAACAGAAGAAAGAAAUAGAUCAGUUAAAACAUCAAUUGAAACAACCUCAACGUAGUGGUGUGAUAGUAGGACAAUUGCAACAACCAGAAAAACCAGAACCAGAAAAGUUGAAAAAGCAACUCGAGAUACAGCAACAACAACGACAGAAACUUCAAGAACGCCUUCUACUGCAACAACGGCAGCAACAGCAACAAAAAAAACUCAAAGAGCAACAACUGCAACAAAAGCACCAACAACAGCUCCGUGAACAAGUUUUACUUCAGCAACAUCUUAAACAACAACAGCAGCAGCAAUUACAGAAAAAAUUACUACUCAGACAACAGGCAUCUUCAGAAAACCGUUUGUCGUUAGUUGUAAAUGGAAACCAAGACCAGAAAAUACACGAUGAAAAGAAAACGAUCAAUAGUCAUGAAAAAUCAGAGGAACCAGAACAUUUUCGGCAAAUAGAAAAAGCUACUGAUUCUGAAAAACAGUAUCAACUUUCUAUUAAACGAAAUAAUAACGAGAAUGUGCCAGUUAGUGAAAAAGAUUUAUUAUUAUCAUCAUCGUCGGAUGAUGAUGACGACGAUGAAACCAUACGUCAGCAACGAAAUUUGGUUCGUGAAGCUGAACGUCUCGUUCAGGAACGGUACGAUGCACUGAAAGUGGUUUUAGGACCUAAAUACCAAGCUCAAUAUGAUGACAUUUUGAGAAACUGGAUGGCGAACCGGUUAUCGCGUGAAGAGUUUGAUCGUGGGAUUCGCAAGGUGUUGUAUGUUUCAUGGAUGUCCAUGACAAAAAAUGUUGAUGUUGAUAACAAUAGAAAAAAUUCAUCUAUUAAAACCAACAAUACAACUUCGAAAAAAACUGUGAAAAAGGACGCGGUAGCCACCAUAUCAAAGAUUAAAGAAGAUAAUAGUUCCUUAAUUAAUUCAACGGCACAUAAAUUACCUACAUCAAAAAAAAUGACUGAAAUAAAUGAAGACAUGGAUAUUAAUAUUGAAAAAAAAGAAGUCAAGGCCAUUUUAGCAGAACGAGUACCGUUGCAUAACGCAUUAGUCACCAGCUUAUUAACGUGGUUGCCACUUAAUUGUCAGUGGUUAGAACAGCGUAAAGCACGUUCCCAAGGUGUUUCCGAAACUGGGUCCCCGUUACGAUUGUACACAUAUGCAGAUGUGCCACAAGUGCGUGGCUCAAGUGACCACUGGUACCCUAAUGCACCUGGUAGCUUGGCCCAUUGGUAUUGGCCAAAUAAUUUGCCAUGCAAGUCUUCAUUGGUAGAAAACAAUGAACACCCACCACUGAAAAUAUCGUUUCACGAACAAGAGAAAAAGAAAGUUGCUGAUGCUGUAGCUGCGGCGGUAUUAAUAAACCCACCAUCAAGCAAAUUGCUGCCGUUGCUGAUGGAGGUAGCUGAAAACACAGAAAAAGUGAAAAAAGCAAGGCAAAUACAGUAUCAAAAGAGGUUUCCAAAGAAACAAAAUGCGAAAUUUACGAAAAUAUUACAAUUGCAACGGUUACAAGAACAAAAACGGUUAGAUACAAUGGUGCGAUUACGAGAUGGAUGUUCAAAAUUGUUGCGUGAACUCAAAAAGCGCCUUCGAUGUCUCGUCAAUCAAGAAGACCGGCUAAUAGAACGGUUGCGUCGGCUUCAGAUUCGUAUGUCACGACGACGCCGUCAAGUAUUGACACAAUUCAAAAUCCGAGAGAAAGACUUAAAAUCUCGGAUACGGAAGUUUUUUGAUAGGUCAUAUUUAGAACAGCCAAAUAUUGAUUCCCGAGAGCACCCACCGACAGAUUACUCAACUAUUGAAGACGAUGAGACAGAUGACGAUGAAAAAGAUAAUGAAAAAGAACUGCAACAAAAUUUUCUCAAACAACAUUGGAAAGAAGUUAAUCUACUAGAGAAAAACCAUGGAAAGAAGCAGUUGAAAACUACGAUUGCUGACCAUCAAUCUAAACGAAAUGUUCGAGCUCAACGUCCUCAAUCAACGGCCUUGACGAUACGAUUAUUGCGUGACCGACAACGAUUCUUAGCUACUACCAAGUUAUUACAAGUAAUAAAGCAGGAACGAUUACAAAUAAGUAGUAAUGCUGAUUAUGUCCGAGAGGUCCGAAAUAAGAACUGCCCGUGUGGAGAGUCAGAUAACAAACCAUGUCAAUACCGAAGACAGAUUCGUCAAUUACGAAAAAAGUUACGAGCCCGUGAAUUGGCUGCAAUCAAAGAAGAAAUAGACCGAGAGCUGGUAAGAAAAGCAGCUGAAAAGGAAAAGGUAGAUGCCGAAGAACUUCAAAAAACAACAGCCAUAGAAACCGAAAAUAAAAAGACCGACACCCAAAAGAAAAAGGUCGUGGCGAAAUCUACGAAGAAAAAAAAACCGGUAGUGACCAAGAAAAAUAUCAACGUCGAAGCAGAGGAAAAAAAAAGUGUGUCAGCUGCCAAAGGUAACACUAUCGAUAAUAGUCUCGUGAAAACCAAUGCAAUUACUGACAUCAGUUCUUCAAAAAAAACAUCAUCCAUCGUUACUGCCAACACAAAAAAUGUAGAUAUCAAGGUGCGACAAACCUUAGACAACCUCGACAAAGUAAACAAAGAAAAACAUAAUAUAGGAAUUAAUUGUGAACUAUUGGUAGAUAAAAGUGCUCAGCAAGCUCGAUUUAAUAGCUUAGGGGAUACUAGAAACCGGAUAAGACCACCGCUACCAAAAGAUAAAAGAAGUGUAGUAAAUGUAGCUGAUGCUGCUGCACGGGCGGCUCAAGCAGCAUUAGCUGCAUCAAAGAAGACUCAGCUCCGCAAAACUAGAGCGGCUGCAGCAGCUGCUGCUGCUGCUGCUGCAGCUUCUGCUGCAUCCUCUGCUACUGCUGCAGCUUUUGUUACUGCUACCACUGCAUGUACUCUGUCUUCUUCCGGAAAAGAUGACAACGAUCGGCGAGCAAGUGAACUUAUGCCACCACCACCACCACCACCUCUACUAUCAACAGCGCCUUCAAAAACUGUUACUACUCCAAGAAAUCCUACAAUCGGGGCUCGAUACUUGCAGCAACAGCAGUUUUUGUUGGAUCGACACAGACAGCUGGAACGUAUUCGACGUGACGAGGAAGAACGACGGCAACGAGCCCUAGAUGAGCAGCAAGAUCAGGAGGGUUCUGAUAGAGAAGAUGACGAGACAAACAUGAAAACGGAUGACGUCUCACCACCAUAUUUACCAUCUUCUCGACGAAUGAGGUCAAAGCGGCAAAAAGUUCCAGUAGGCAACAUACGCCAGGAUAUGAAUCGGGAAAAUGACAACGAAGAGCAAGAAGAAUUUAGCUCAAUGAAUCGCAGUAAAGCUAAAAAUGGAGAAGAAGGGCAGCAAUUGAGUGAUUAUUACUUUUAUUAUGGGGGUGCUGAUUAUUAUUCAUCAGACGAAGAGUCGUCCGGGUCGUCAUUUAUUGAACCACCUUUUCCUCCGCUUUUGCAUGAUCUUCGGAUGGACCAGUUACCAAGGCCUACCAAUCGGUUGCCAGCUGCGGCUAUUCUUCCACCUGGCGUUCGAACUCGGUUGCAACCAAUGCGUGCAUCGAAUUCUAAAAUUGAUGCUGUAGAAUCAUUAGUUGAGAGGCAACAAGAACGCACAAUCUUGGAGACUGAUCAUAGACGAAAUAUUAACGAUAUGGUUCAAAAAGAAUCUUUUGACCGUAACAUGGAAUUCAGAAUUCAGAAUCCUUUAAAUUCGCACACAACGAGUGAUACAUGCAAGUUUACUGAGUCAGCUGAUAAAACGUUGGCCACAAAAAGGUGUAAAAAAGUGAGCAAAGGACUGCAGACGGAACUUGUGGUACGGCGGGAACAGCAACAGAUGCAACAAGGAGGAAUUAAUGAUACUAAAAUGUUACCAGAACAAAGAAAGCGAAGUCAAGAUGCGGAUAAAUUGCCAGGAGCGAAGAAGACAUUCGAACAAGUUCAACGGGAACGACAAGAAAAUGGAAAACUGAUAUUAAAAACGGACCCGUUAACGGAGUGGUCAAAACGAAAUUCAAAACCAGUGACAAUUACUUCAGUUACAAAAACGAAUUCAUAUUAUAAAGAUCAGACAAAACACCUCGUUAAUCAACUAGAGCAACAAAACUCUAUUAAUAAAAUAACUAGAUCAGUACCAUCGAAAAGGGGCCAAGAACCAGACACACGAGGGGACGUUGAAGAAUUGCGAUCGGUGCAAUGGAAGGCCCCAUUGACACAGUGGAAUAAACGACCUGUUGCAUAUGAAGCGGCUGUUACACAAAGAUACCCGAUACAAAAUAAGGGAAAUGACUUACAGCAUUCAUUGAAGGAAAAAUUAGUGACAUAUACAUCGAAAAAAUUUGAAGUUUCAAACCACAAUCUAAAUGACCGAAAACAGAAGUUGCGAUCUGAAAUUGAUAGACAAAAAUGCAACCGUAUCGAAAUGAAAAAUAUGGUGUUCGAGUACCAAAAACUUGUAGAUACUUUACCUCUGAAUGAACGGUUACAACAUAUGAUCCAAUUGCAACAGUACCUCCGGCCGCCAGAAAAUAUUAUUGAAAAGACUACUAUUAAGUGCAAUCCGUCCGUAGAAGAACAGCAACAGUCUGUAGCAUCAACUAACAAUUCAUGUAUACUACUAGAUAAUUCAACUUCCUUACUUAAUUUACCUGACGAUGGUCCAGAACGUACAGUCUUGAAACAAAUAGGGAAUCUUUUGUUAAAAAUCAAAAAUCAGCAAGAAAAAAUGUACCAAAAUGUUGUUAUUUCUGACGACAUUAUACGUUUUCCAGGAGUAGUUUCCAAUAAUCUUGAUGUUAGUAACGUGGAACAAAAUGAUCUAAAAAACUGGCGUGACCUUUGGCCGGCAUACGAAGGCAAGCCAAAUAACGAUGAAUUGAUGGACGAAGAUCAAAGGUUACGCCGGACCCAAGAAUUGAUUAAUCAAUAUUAUUCCUGUACUAAGGACCAAAAAUCCGUACGUUCGUUGGAUCAACAAAAACGGAGGCUUGGACGGUAUGGGCGAGAACGACUUGAACGAGAGCUACCUGUUUAUCAGCAACUACGAAUGAAACAAAUAAUGCAAUCAGAAACAUCAGCCAAGCCGAAUCUCACGGAACAAAAAAUACUUAAAAAACAAAAGCUACAGCAUACUGAAGAACAUUUGCCAGAACGACAAAAAUAUCUUAAUCAGUAUAAGCGACUUGGACGAAUUGAGCAAUUAGAACAACAAAAACACCUAUUAGAACAUCGACAGCAACAACUUAACGAAGAAAAGAUUCAAAAAUUACAAGAUAAGCAGCAACAAGAUUCUGGCGUUGGACGUUCCUUUAUUCAGCAGAAGAGGCCUUAUUGGAUGGUUAGUAAAUUUCAAGUGUCAUCAACGUUAUGUUAUGACGAGGAACUUCCACUGUGUGAACAGUUGUUGCGUAGAAUCGUGAAAAAGAAAUACGAGAAAAUAAUUAAAGUUCUUCAGCAACAGCAGCGUUCCAAAUCCACAACAGUGCCUAUAACUACGACUCUACCCGAGAUAACUAUGCCUGGAGAUGAAUCUAAUGUUAAAACAAAGGGACAAACGAGUAGAGGAUCACAGCUUUGGUGGUCGACUAUUGGUCUUCCACGGCAAAUAUCACCGUUAGUCACGGGCGUUGACAAUCAAGUUGAUCUAGAUGUAACGCAUGUGGCAGUGAUGCCAAUCAGCAAUCUACCACAGGUGACUAGACCGCAAAUGGACACAAAAGUUGCAUCAGUCAUAGGCAUUAUGCCGAAAAGUAGUACAACAUUGAUUAAUAAAAUAAAGCUUCAAAAGUGGAUGGAACCACAUUUAAUAAGUAUGAUGACAAACGAUGAAGGAAGGUGGUUGGAACAGUUGCAAUCCAAGAUAUCACAGCUUGAUCAACAAGUAGAUCUACAUUGGAAGGCCAUGAUAGAUGGACAGGAACAACAAGUAAAAUUACUGCUGAAUUAUGACAAACGCCUGCAAUGGGAAAAAGAAAAGAAACGUUUAGAACGUGAAAGGCGGAUACAGCAGCUAAAAAAACGAACACCCUUUCAAGCGUUGCCAGUACACCACCAGCAAGCACAUACGUUACGUGCGGCGGGCCAUAUGCGACAACAACAAUCAGAAAUACCAAUAAUUGUUAUCGAUGAUGAUGAUGAUGAUGACCUUAUUGAUACAACAGUCGUUGGCCAAAAACGGGACACAUAUCAACAUCCAGUGUUCAUUGAUGAUGAUCUGCUAAGACAUAAAAUAGAAACAAAAAUAUUGUAUGAAGAUCAGCACAAGGGUAUCAAUAAUCGAUGGAAGCAGUUAGAAAUUAUACGUAAAGCACAACAAAAGCAAUGGGAAUUCAAACUAAAACAGUUAUUCUCAUAUAAAGCAACCGAUAGACAAUUUUGUCGGGAGCUUAAUGAACGUUUGAUGAAAAAAAUAAAUAAGCCUAAUUUAAUUAAAACUCUAGAUCAGCUUAACGGGGGGCCGCUAAGAUAUACUGAACGAAAACAACUUCAGCAGCAAAUGCGACUUUUGGAACCACAGACCAUGCAAGAACAAUCAAGAAUGUUACACCGUCAAAAAGAGCAAACACAAAAGCAAGCCGCAAAUAACCGUUCUCAGCAAACUCCAAUAAAACAGAAAAAAUAUAAAACUUCAAAGUCAAGCAAAAAAUCAAAAAAAACCAUUAAGCAACAGCGGUCAACACAUAAACUAGCUUUAAAACCACACCCACUAAACAAACAAGGAAAUCAAAAACUCGAAAAACAAUUACCACAAAAUUUGAACAAUACCAAUAAAAAUCAACCAAAAAAAUCUUAUGAACAUCAAGAAUCAGUCAAUAUUCGCCAACUACGUAGUAAAAGAAACGUAGUCGUAUAUCAACCAUCACAAAAACGAUCAAAACAACCCAAUCACCUAAAUCAAAAUAAACCCCAAAUACAAAAUAAAUCUCCAAUAGAACAGCCUAAACAAGUAACGCGGAGGCGGUUCCAUCGUGGUCAAAUGUUAACGAAAGUAAAGCCAUCAGCUAUGAGUUUAAGACACAUGUUCCUGCUACGAAAUAGAAUACUCCAGAUACACUCGAAUCGAAAUAAGCGACUACGGAAGCAAAAUCAGCGAUCGAAGGCUAAGCAAGAUAUUAUCUUUGACACCAGAGAAAUGCAAAGUCAGCAAACCCAAAAUAAAUUUACCAAGCUUAUUCUUAAGACAAUGACGUAUUCUCUUCAUAAUCAACGGUCCUCGUUGCAGCGCCAACUGGAUAGAUUAAACAAAUACUAUCCUAGUAAAAUCGACGAUCCACUAAAACCAUCAGUUUCAAAAACAUUGAUAAUGUCUGUUCGACAACCUUCGAUAACUUCAAUGAUAUUGUCUCCACAGCAACCAUCAACCAUACAACAACAAUCUUUGACUUCUACUAUUAAACUAAGCCCACAGCGACCUUUAACAACAUCUAUAGAACGAUCCUCGAUGUCUUCGGUAAAGUUAAUAUCACAUAUACCAAUGCAACCAUAUCAACCAACUGCGUCAACAUCAGCGAACCAACAAAGUCAAAAGAUGGAAGAAAAACGUCAGACUUUAAAACGACAGCUCUGCAAAGUACACAGUAAACUAAAACCACUGAUGGAAAUGUGGCAGCUUUCACUUCAGAUGCCUGGACGUUGGUUGGUACAACAAUUGGAUGAUAUUGAGCAGUUAAGACGGAAAGAGGUUUCAGUUAAAUCCAUGUUAGACUUAAGACGUCCGAGUGUCCAACAGCAAAAACAACAAAUACUUCAAAAUAAUGAGAUUUCAGUGGCUUCAACUACUAAAACCAUGUGUUCAUUGCAACAGUUGCAACGGAUUCGUGAACAUCUGAAUUGGCGACAACAACGAUUGCGUGAUCUAAUCGAAGACCUACUAAUAUUAAUGUGUCCAGAACAACAUCCCAUGCUGUCUGAUACAACUCAGCAAUCUUCAAAUUGUUCCGUGCUGAUCAAACUACAGCAACAUCCGAUGAUGACGGAACAGAUAAAUUCCAUUUAUUCGGCUGUAUUGAACUUGCAAAGCCCUUCAUCGUCGAAACAUAUGCAACAACAAUUGUCGACAUAUUCAUUAUUACUUAAGCUGAAUCAACCAAUGACUGCAAAACAGCAGUCCUUGGUGUAUUCAACAGUAUUAAAACUUCAACAACCACCGAUGCCAAAACAAACUUCAUGUCUUCCAAUGAUGAUAACUACACAGCAACCGUCAAUUGCUUCUGUUUCAGAAAAUCUGAUACAUAAACUCACGCCCAGUAAUAACAAACAUACUCACCGUCCUAAUAAUCAACUACUGGAAAAAAGACAGCUCAGUAGUGGAGAUGAAACUAAUGAUUAUUGCAAAAAACUUAAAUCUUCAAGCAAAAAGAGAUCCAAGUCACCGUUUAACUCCAUUAGUCGUAAGCGAUCGGUGCAUUCUCUUAUUAAAAAUACUGGUAUUGACAAAAAUAUCCCCAUUAUUAAUCUUGUGGAUUCCGAUGACGAUAUCGAAAUAUUAGAUUCUGAUUCAAGCAUUGAGUCAUCGAGCGAAGCUAGCUUUGGUGUGCAAGUUUCAGAAAAAUCACCAUUAACAAUUAAAAUUAUAAAAAAAAAACCACUUCUUGAUACACAACGGGUGAUAACAGAUAUUGAAAAUAUAUCGGAAAUACAUGACAUGAAUUCUAUUAUAAAAUAUCAAGAUAACAUAAGCAAUAUUGACUUAAACAAAGGUUUGGAGUUGAUGAAGAAUAAAUAUUUUAAUAAAGAUAAAACAAUGCAAAUAGAAGACAAAUGGGAAGAUUUAAAAAAAUUAAAAUCAACUAAGGAUGAAGAUAAUAAAACACUUAUCAGUGAACAAAAUAACAUUAAAGAUGUAACGCCAGGAACAUCGGUACUUAGGACUAUUGUUAGCAGUCCAACACAGAUAGCUGUCCAUGUCAACAGACCAAAAGAGUCAUUGGCUGCUAUGAAGAAAAAACCACCUGUGGCUGAUGGCAGUAAUCAAAUUUUAAAAAUAGCCGUGGUUGAAUGCACUUCAUCGAUGAUUUCGAAUGUUGACAGUAACAGUUAUAUAAACGUGGUGCCUGAUGGUAGAACAAAAAUACAAUUUAAGGGUGGUAUCUUCAAUUCGAAAUAUGUUAAUAGUGUUGAUAGGACUACAUCAGUCAUUAACAAAUUUGUAGAUGCAGCAGUGAGUGUCAUCAAAAGAACACCGGUGGCAUUACCCCAAAACCAUCAACCUGCAGUUGGCCAAAUACCUACGCCGAUCAUAACACCUACUGGAAAAUCAAAUAUGAAAAUGACAAAUUCAAUAGACAAAUCCCAGAGUAGCAACAAUAGAACUGAAAAUACCAAAAAUAUAAAAAAAAGUAGAGUUGUUACGACAAACCAUCAUCGUCGAAUUGACACACUUUCAAAGACUGUGCGGCGGUAUAGACGCUUGAAUCGUACUCUAUCGUUGGAAACUCGCGGACCAGCGGUUUUUACAUUCUGUGACCAUGGAUUUUCUCAAGGAACUAUUGAACAAAUAAUUCAUUGGCGGUUCAUGACCACUAUAAUGACGAUGUCGGCUGCUCAUACUAUUGCGUCAUAUAUACCUCCGAGUCUUCCACGGAUACCAUUUGACUAUGCUUCAAUGUAUCAACAUGAUGGCAAUAUUGCGUCUACUAACAUCAACGUAGACAACACCAGCAACAACCAAAAUAUCAAAUUAGCCAACACACCGGUAACACCAUUAUCCGCAAUCAUGAGUUGGAUAGAGAAAACCGUGGAGACCUCCUCAAACAUUGCAUGUGGUAAUGGUCAUGUUUGGAAAGGUUGCGCCCGGGCAUCAUUUCCUACCUUAAUGACUUUAAGCAAGGUAACCAAAGAAGCUAUACCACGAAAAAAUGACAUUCAAUCACGCACUAGUUAUUCGUCUUAUUUGACUGAUGGAGUGAAAACACUACCAACAAGGUUGUCGAGGUUAUCAAGAAAGGAGCCCAUACCUGUCAUCGAAAAUUUAACAAAAAGUUCAGUGUCAGCCACGGUUCCCACUUCGCCCAUUUCUAAUAGUAAAGGAAAACAACAAAUAACCACUAAAAAGUCUACUUCACUGAACUCGUCAUUGGAAAUUAUGACCACAAGUUAUACCCCACCGACCAAAAAUGUGGCAGGGUUGUCAUCAUCUCUGCCAUCAGUUAGGCUUCAUAAUAGAUCCAAGUCGGCUAUAGAGGUAACCAGUGCCAGCAGAAAACAACCAUCUAAUUCUAUAGGACAGCCAACCAAAAGAUCAGCGUCAGUAGCAUUUUCAUCCGUACCACUCACGUCUGAAAUAACAACAGACAUUGCUGUUCCAGUGCUGGAAACAAAAAAUUCAACCUCAGCAAUAGUGGUCCGACCGCAGAAGAGAUCAAAAUCAGCAGUAACGACUUCCAAUACCUCAACUAUCGACGUAUCGCCCAUUUCCACGAAACUUGGUCAAAGUGAAAAACGUCUUAGGCCUGUCAAACGAUCUGCAUCAGUGGCGGGAUAUGCAUCUCCCUCCAUACCUUGUAAAAUGUCGGACUUGUCACCUCCGGCAGUCAAACCUCCCAAGAGAUCUAAGUCAGCCGUAGUAAUUACACCUGUAUCGGAGGCAGUCGCUAUAUCUAGCAAUCAUUUCAUACAACCAAGACCGAUCAAAAGGUCUGCGUCAAUGGCAUUGUCACCACCUUCAGUCCGACAAACUAACAGAUCCAAGUCGGCAGUUCAAACCUCAUUAUUAUUCAACAAAAUGUCGACCACCCAAAGUGGACCAACAUUGGCCAACGCUACUGUACCCGGGCCUAGAGUAUCAAGGACAUUAAACAUUUUAAAAACAAUUCCUCCCGCAGAAAUGUUGGCAGCAGCACCGAAUAGUGUAAAAAAUAAUGUAUUUACCAACGCAGUUUUUGAAACUGGUAACGAAGACAUCACCACCCAUGAGAAAACGACAACGAUCACCGAUGAAGAUCAGCGCACUGUAACUGUAACGCGAACUCUGUGUCCUACCAUUCCGGCACCUAUGGACGUGACAGCUGACGCAUGCUCACUUGUGACGGCUGCGUGUGAACAAUUCAUCAAAGCCAUGGUGUUGGAACGGCAUUUAAAAGCUGGUCGCGGUGCCGGAACGCAUCAAUUACGCCGUCGAGAUGCAUUCGCCGCAGCCAUAGCAGUUGACGAUGAAAUUCGACCAUUUCCUGAUUAUUGUCGGACGCCGGCGAUCGGUACGACCAUCGUUAAUCCAGUGACACCGGCACACGCACAAGGAGAAAAUAAUGAUGUAGAAAAGGGGACAGCAUCGGAACAGAAAUCUGUCAUCACUGAUACCAGAUAUAAUACAAAAUCAAUCGUUAUGACUAUAGACAAACCGGACCAUGAAAACGAACGGAGAACUGUAUUGAAACAACAGUCAAUUAUCGCUGACAGUAAAUCGAAUAAUGAAUUGUCCGUACUGACGGUCAAAACGGUCAUUGAAACAAAGACUACAUCUUCCACGACGACUACAAUCAAUAAACUCCAGUGUCCGACGACCAUUACUACUGAUUCCGCAGCAAAAACUAUUUCAUCGAGGUCGGUGGUCGAAGGUACGUCAGCUAGAACAAGAGGAGUGGUGAUAUUCAAAAAGACGAGGCGUUCGGUGUCUACUUCAGAAUCGACGAUGCCAUCAUCCAGCGAACAACCGACAACUGGAAAUCAGUUAUCCGCGGAGCCAACAGCCGAUAGAAAUCGGUCGAUGCGUCCUCCGCCGUUUAUCGCUCCUAAUACGACAGUGAAGCCUCCUUCUGUGGUCGGAAAGGCCACCAAAGCACUGAUCGAGCUGCCUACCAAUGCCACGUCGACUCGUGGAUUUUUCGUGAAUCGUGGUAGACCACUGUUGCAACCCGCUUUUAACCGGCGACAACCGUUCGGAAAACUGAUAGACACCUGCACCAUGGCAGCCGCGGAUUCAACGACUACCAACAACACGUACUUUUCAGAUGACCGUGCGCAAAAUUUGAACUCCAAAGUCCAUUGGCCAUACGAUGAUUCCAUUAGCAAUGCCUGGGGCUGUUAUUUGGGCAAUCCGAAAAUGUUGCCGCCCGUCAGCCGGUUGAACAAUUUCUUGAACAUCGCCGACGAACCGAAGUCCGAAAACUACGAUGGAGAAAAUGGUGGCCGUGGCGGCGACGAUACCGCCUACCAAGUACUGUCCAGUGGAUCGACGAAACUGCUGCACGAUACGGAUAAGGCAGAUGACAACAGCACUCGAGAGCAGAUUUCGUUGGCAAACAGUCGACAGAAACUGAUUUUAAUGGAUAUUGCCUGUCAGCAACAGCACAUGAAGCAGUUGGAGAAAGAGAUGAAACGGCGGGUUCAAGAGUACCGAAACGGAGAACCCGACUCGCAGGAAGUUUACUACGAAAAGUUCCAAAAACUGCAAUACGGUUCGACAAACCCGCAACCGGAGCAUUCAAUAUUACAACUCUCUUCCAAUGGCCACAGUCGCCACAGCUUGAUGAGUUGGUAAAAUCAUGACAACCCAUCGAAAGGAUAUUUUCCUCCGACACGUUAGUAGUAUGUAUCCAUAGAUAUUGUUUUACUACUCCUAUGCGUUUUAAUCGACUUAUUAUUCAUUCCAUCUUGUACUGUAUUUUAAGCAGGUUCUAUAACAGAAUUUUUUAUUUUAAAAAAGAAUUAUGUGAAAUUUAGUUUCGGUAUUUACUUAUUCUUUGUACACCGACGCUAUUAUUAUUAUUUUUUUUUUUUGUGUAAUAAUAGAUAUAACUAUUUUCGGCACGUGAUUAAAAAAUCACUUAUACUAUGAUUUUUAAGUUGUUAUGAAUAUGAUUUUUAUUUUAU